AUCUCGUGUAUGAGUUUUUUCUGUUUUGAUUCUAAAAUAUUAGGAAAUUUGAUUUUAGCGAUUUUAUAUUAAAUUACGACCGACGAACAAAGUGAACAUGCCGGCCAAGAAAGUCUGCAUCGUGGGUUCCGGGAACUGGGGUAUGGCAAUUGCCAAAGUGAUUGGGGAGAAUGUAGUGGCCAAUGGGAAGUUCCAGCACUCUGUCCCAAUGUACGUGUACGAAGAACUUAUUGAUGGAAAAAAGUUGACUGAAAUUAUCAACACUGAUCAUGAGAAUGUGAAAUAUCUGCCUGGACAUAGGAUUCCUGACAAUAUUGUGGCCGACCCUGAUUUGCUACAUGUUGUCGAGAAUGCUGAUGUUAUUGUGUUUGUGACACCUCAUCAAUUUGUGUACAGCAUCUGCAAGACAUUGAAAGGGAAGGUCAAGAAAAGUGCUAUAUGUGUUUCACUAAUUAAAGGCUUGGACAUGCAUGAAGGAAAUUUGGAUCUGAUAUCGAAUAUCGUUCGUAGGGACCUCGAAAUUCCGUGUGCUGUUCUGAUGGGGGCCAAUAUCGCUGGGGAGGUCGCCAGUGGCCUCUUCUGUGAGGCAACUAUUGGUUGUGAUGAUGCUGUGUUGGGCAAUCUGCUGAAAGACCUCUUCCACAGGCCGUAUUUUAGAGUGGCUGUUGUACAAGAUGAAGACACCGUUGAGUUAUGUGGUGCUCUGAAGAACAUAGUAGGAGUAGGAGCAGGUAUUGUUGAUGGAUUAGGGUGCGGUGGAAACACAAAGGCAGCUGUUAUCAGAUUGGGAUUGUUGGAGAUUGUGCAGUUCUGUAACACGUUCUUUAAAAAGGCGAGGACGGAGACCUUCUUGGAGAGUUGUGGAUUUGCAGACCUUGUGACGACAUGUUACUGCGGCCGAAAUAGAAAAGUUGCCGAAGCUUUUGUGCUGUCGGCUGGCCAAAAAACUAUUGAAGAGUUAGAGGAGGAGUUAUUGAAUGGGCAGAAGUUGCAAGGGCCGCCCACUGCAGCUGAAGUCUACAAGUUUCUAAAGGGCAAGAAUAUGCUGCAUGACUUUCCUCUCUUCACAUGCAUUCACGAGAUUUGCAUUGGAAAGAUGAAGCCUGGAGAUUUCAUUGAAUGCCUGAAGAAUCACUCAUAAUUAUUGGAAUAAUUUCAUAAUUAUUCAUAUUAAACUAUAAUUAAUUGCGUUUAUGUGAGGGUAAAAUAAUGAUUCCUAAAGAAAUUAUUAGCAUUAGAUGAACGUAUAAUAAUAUAGGCUACACUAUUAUAUUUAAUUGGCUAGCACUUAUGUAGUAGUAAAUUAUGCAAAUAUUUUGGUGUCAUUUAUUAAUUUCUGUUAAUUAUUCAAGUGUGUGUGUGUGUGUGUGUGUGUUUGUUUAUAUUUUCUACAUCGUUAACUCAACUCAUGAAUAUUAAUUAGUUUAUUUUUAGCCCAGUGACAAUCUUGAUGUUGUGCCAUGAAUAGUUAUUUAAUUGACCAAUUAAUACUGCCAUUUAAUCUCAUUUAACAUGUUGUGUGUGUGUGUGUAUCUCAUUUCAUUUUUCAUGGUGAUAUUUUUGAGAGUUGCGUUGGAAGUGAAAGAGAUUGA